AUGACAUACACGAGUCUGCUGGAAGGGAGUUUACACAAUGUCAAUCUUACGCGGCCUUCGGAGAGUCACCUCAACCAGCUUGAUGUUAAGGACUUUCUUCAGGGGAGCCGUAGUCUUCGUCUCGGAGAGGCGACCGCCUGGCGAUGGGAGACUAAGGAUGAGUCGAUGAGCGACCAAGAGGUUGCAUCGCAUUUGGCUUUGAUCACACUCGUGUUUCCCACCUCCGAAAGCAACCCAGGAAUUUCUGCCGUCCAGGAGAGUAUUUUUUCGGACUUGACCGCUGCACAACCCGUCUCUCGAACACCUAGUGUCUUAUCCUCCGUCUUGAGCGAAACUUCAAUCGCUCUUUCUGUGCCUUAUGAUUACCUGGAGGAGGUUCUAUGCAAAACUCAGAACUUCGCGAAGUCGCAGGGUGAGCACUCGGGGCAAAUAUGGACCUUGAAAACCGCUGGAAAAGGCAAUUCUGGUCCGAAGCUCAGGCUCUGGCUGAUAGACUUUCUGGCCUCCUUUGUCGAUUUAAUCAAGCAUGCGCAAAUAGUUGAUAUCGUCAUCAUGUUGUUGGCAUACCUGGCGAUGUACCUCACUUUCCUGUCACUCUUCAUGUCGAUGCGCCGACUCGGGUCCCGUUUCUGGUUGGCCUCUUCGGUGCUGCUCUCUGGUUUCUUCUCUUUGUUCUUCGGACUAAAAGUCACUGCUAGCAGUGGUGUACCUACCUCCAUGAUCAUUCUUUCUGAAUGCCUGCCAAUUCUGGUAGUCAUUGUGGGAUUUGAGAAACCCAUCCGUUUAACGAGAGCGGUACUUCAUGCUGCGACCGAGGCCCACGUUCCUGCAAAACCAAUGGCCCGGCGGUCCAUACCCGAAGCCAUUGAGGUGGCCAUCAAGCGCGACUUGCUUCUAUUUACUUUCUACGUCGGUGUGCUCUGUGUGGAACUGGAAGUCACGCGCAUUAGAAAGCAUGUCAAGCCGCAUAGGAGUCUGGAAGACGAUGGCAUGGCCACUGGUAACCAGGAAUUCAACUCCCGUAUCUUUGGCUGCAAGGUCAAGGCUGCUAAUGUAUCUCGGUGCAAAUUUCUCAUGGUUGGCGCCUUCGUGCUUUUCAAUGUGCUUCAGCUGUCGUCCCUGUCUUACGGCAACGUCAGGGUUUUUAACUGGGUGCCGUACCUGUCGAGACCUUCCGACAUCCUGAUGCCGGCCCCAAUCAACCCUUACCGAGUCGCACGCAAUGGUCUGGACGAUAUAUCUGUGGUUGCCCGGGCGAGUAACAUCGAAACGCGCGUUACAGUGUUGCCGCCGAUCAAAUACGUCCUGCAGUCGCAGACUGAGCCUUGUGGGGAUAAUUAUGCUGGCCCGCUCUGCGAUACACUACGCGGCCGUAGUCUUGGGGGCGUGCUGGCAUGGCUCGAAGAUCCAGGAAUCAGCAAAUGGGUGAUUGCUGUGCUGUUCCUAAGCAUGGUACUGAACAGUUAUUUAAUGAAGGCAGCUCGCCGUAAUCUACGCGAGCGCGAGGUGAUUCCAGACAGCUCUUCUGCAAUCGUGAGCCAGUCAAAUGGCUCUUCCAAUGAGUCUGAAAAGACCAUGCCAGGACCUAGUGAGCUGACAGACACGCGAAAAAGCGAACGAGUGGAUGCCAUGCUACAAAAAGGACGAGAAUCGCUAUUGGAAGAUGAGGAGAUAGUCAAUCUAUGCCUCCGCGGCAAAAUUGCCGGUCAUGCCCUGGAGAAAAUGAUGGAACGCCAUCCGAGGAUGAGCCGCUUGGAAGCCUUUACCCGAGCUGUCAAGAUCCGCCGCGCAGUGGUGUCUCGUACACAGUCCACUCGUGAUGUGGCAAGUGACCUAGAGUAUUCAAAAGCUCCCUUUGAGAACUAUGACUAUACCCUAGUCCAUGGGGCCUGCUGUGAGAAUGUCAUUGGAUAUCUGCCAUUGCCAGUAGGUGUGGCUGGACCCCUGGUAAUAGAUGGUCAGAACUAUUUCAUUCCAAUGGCAACUACUGAGGGAGUACUAGUAGCCAGCGCGAGUCGGGGUUGCAAAGCGAUUAAUGCUGGGGGCGGCGCUGUGACCGUCAUCAAUGCUGACGGCAUGACCCGAGGGCCAUGCCUUGCAUUCCCAUCCCUAUCUCGCGCAGCAGAAGCCAAGCAAUGGAUUGAUUCAGACAAAGGAAAGAAGGUCCUGACCACGGCAUUCAACUCUACCAGUCGAUUUGCCCGCCUGCAGGGCUUGAAAUCAGCGCAGGCUGGCACCUACCUCUAUGUCCGAUUCAAAUCGACGACUGGGGACGCAAUGGGGAUGAACAUGAUUUCGAAAGGAGUUGAAAAGGCCCUUGAAGUCAUGAAGGAGCAUGGGUUUUCAGACAUGGCAACUAUUUCAGUGACAGGCAACUACUGCGUCGACAAGAAAUCAGCCGCGAUCAACUGGAUCGAUGGACGGGGCAAGUCAGUUGUCGCUGAGGCUUUGAUACCAGGGGAUGCGGUGCGCUCCAUUCUCAAGACAGACGUGGAUGCACUUGUUGAACUCAACACUGCUAAGAACCUGGUCGGCAGUGCCAUGGCUGGCUCUAUUGGCGGCUUUAAUGCCCAUGCAUCCAACCUGGUCGCGGCAGUUUUUCUAGCUACAGGGCAAGACCCAGCGCAGAAUGUCGAAAGUAGCAGCUGCAUCACCAUUAUGAAGAAUGUCAAUGAUAACCUGCACAUCUCAGUUUCAAUGCCGUGCAUCGAAGUUGGAACAAUCGGCGGCGGAACCAUCCUUGAACCGCAAGCCGCCAUGCUUGAUCUGCUGGGUGUUCGAGGUGCACAUGCCACCAACCCUGGAGAUAAUGCCCGUCAGCUGGCCCGAAUCGUCGCAGCCACCGUGCUGGCAGGCGAGUUGAGCACGUGUGCUGCUUUGGCGGCGGGUCAUCUAGUCAGUGCUCAUAUGGCUCAUAAUCGCAGUAAAGCGGCGAAGACUGGAUGA